GUAAACAUUUGAAAGUAUGCAAUCGAAAUUCGUUGGAUUUAAAUGAUUGUAUAGCUGAAGCUGUUCGUGACGGAAUCGAAAAAAUGGCGACAGGCAUCGAGGAGCUUGAUAUACCACCCCUGGAUCCGUUUUUCCAAGACGAACUUAAAGUCGAAUAUAAAAACAACCAGAUCGCAGUAAAGAUGUUAAUUAAAAACAUUUACGUGGAAGGGCUUAAAGGAUCAACAGUACACGACGCGAGGGUGAGAGCAGACGAAGAUAAUUUCUACAUGGAAGUAGACUUAAGUGCCCCAAGUAUAGUUAUUCGUGGGGAUUUCAAAGGUGAAGGCCAAUACAACGCGUUAAAGGUCAAAGCAUACGGAGAUUUCAACACGAGCAUGUCUGAUUUAAUAUUUACGUGGAAAUUAGACGGAGUUCCCGAGAAAAACGGUACGGAUACAUACGUACGGAUAAAAUCGUUCUACAUGCGGCCAGACGUGGGAAAUAUGAUCUCUCACUUGAACAAUGAAAAUCCGGAAACUAGAGAAUUGACGAAUCUAGGAACGAGUUUCUUGAACCAAAAUUGGAGAGUGCUGUACCGCGAGCUUCUCCCAUACGCACAAUCUAACUGGGACAAAAUUGGCACAAACGUAGCUAAUAAGAUUUUCUCAAAAGUACCCUAUGAUCAGAUAUUUCCUAGCGGUACAUAAAUUUUCCUUAAAUAAUUAAAAGUUCUGUGAUAUUUUGUUUUUUUAGUAAGAUGAUGUAUCUUUAUUAGGUAUAUAGGUAUGACGGGUAAAAUUUGAUUUAUUAGGCAUAGAGAUUAGAACAUAAUUAGAAGCAAUAAACAUUCAAAGCAAAUUAAAUCUGUCUCCAAAUUGAGUUGCCAGUAUGUUAAACCUUGGGAUCAUCUUACUGACAAUAUGACAGCUUAAGUCGAACAAACUGCCUAAUUUCAAGAUACACCUAUUUUAAAUAGUAAAAAGUUUUUAGAAAUUUAAUUAUGAAAUAACUGGUUGGUUAAUAUGAAAAUAGGAUAUGAAAAUGCAUUUUGAGCCAUAAAAUAUCCUUCAAGCAGGUUUCGAUAACAUACUGAUCGGUUCGCGGUGCCAGAUAUACUUAAAUCAUUUUCAACCUAGUAAUAUAUAUUUUUAAAUUGUCAAUCAACUUUUGGACAAUUUUGGUGUAUGGGAUGGCUCUGAAAAAUAGCCUGGAAACUCGUGUAUGGCCAGACGCAGCCCAGACGAGUCUAUGGUUAGCCUGAUUAUAUCGUCGCUUAUUUUUGUAGUGUCAGGUUUUCAGCUGAAACUACCUAGUGUAGUAUGCACUAUAGCACACAGUAAUUAUUGUAAUUAUUAAUAAUUUUGAGAAAAUAAAUAAUAUAUGAUGAGAAA